GCGGUGUUUCCAAAGGUUAAAGUAGUGGCGGCGGCGGUGGUUGGUGGUAGCGACGCGAAGGUUGCGUUCCUGCAUCAUAAAAGUAAAAAGUGUAGGUUGGUUGGCUGCUGCAGUGUUGUGUUGAGGUUGUGCCCAAGUGACACUGGCCGUCAUUAAGGAGCCUGAAUAUAAAUAAUACGGUGCAGCUUAUCAAAUCGAUCGUCCUCGAGGCUCACGAAAAAUAAACUGGAGCUCUUCGGCUUUGAUUUGUAAGCAUCGCAAGCAGUAGCAACAGCAGCAACAAAAAAACCAAAAAAUGUCACUCCAGAAGAUGACGAGUCUGACACGCGCUCUGGCCGCGAUGCGGCCCUACAGGGUAGCCGCAACAGCCAAGAACUACUACACCUACGUGAACGAACCUUCGAUGCCCAUACCGAACAAGGAGCCCUGCUGGCUCAGCACCGCCGAGGAGGCCAUUGCCGCUGCCGAACUUGGCUCCAACAACCUCGUUUACGCCCAGGGCGCGGCAGCGACGCCCGUCGAGCUUCUACGUGGCAUGACGGAGUUUGGCCUCAAGCAGUGCAUCAAGAACGUCAGGCUGUUUCACAUGCAUCUAGAGGGCGAGGCUCCCUUCGCCGAUCCGAAGGUCAAAGACAACUUCAAAUCCAUCAGCUUGUUCAUCGGCGGCAACGUCCGCAAAGCAGUCAACGAGGGCCGAGCCGAUUGCAUUCCAAUUUUCCUGCACGAGAUACCCAAGUUGUUCAACGAGGGCCACAUCAAGCCCGACAUCGCCCUCAUCCACGUGACUCCACCCGACGACAAGGGCUUCUGCUCCCUCGGCACCAGCGUCGACUGCGUACGAGCCGCCCUCAUCCAUUCCCGGGUCAUCGUUGCGCAAGUAAACCAGUGCCUGCCACGUACAUUUGGCGAUGCCCUCAUCCACAAGAGUCACAUCGACUUUGCGGUCUGCCACGACAAACCACUGCCAGUCCACGGUGGCAACGAGCUCAGCAAGGAGGAGAAACUUAUCGGCAAGAACAUCGCCGAGCAUCUGGUCGAGGACGGCGCGACUCUCCAGCUCGGGAUCGGCAGCAUACCCGACGCCACGUUGGCGCAACUCAAGGGCCACAAGGAUCUCGGUGUGCACAGCGAGAUGUUCAGCGAUGGGGUUGUCGAUCUUGUCAAUCUUGGGUGCAUCACCAACAGCCAAAAGACCAUGCACACUGGAAGGAUCGUUGGCUCCUUCUGCGUCGGGACGAACAAGCUCUACGAUUUCAUGAACAACAAUCCGUUCAUUGAGAUGCUGCGCGUCGAUUACGUCAAUGAUCCGCGCAUCAUUGCCAAGCAACCCAAGAUGACUGCGAUCAACUCGUGCAUCGAAGUCGACAUAACUGGCCAGGUCAGCUCGGACAGUAUCGGACCGAGAAUGUUCUCGGGCUUCGGUGGUCAGGUGGACUUUAUCAGCGGCGCCGCGAUGAGCGAGGACGGCAAGGGCAAGCCCAUCAUCGCUCUGAGAUCCACAACUAACAAGGGAGCCACGAAAAUUGUCCCUAUGCUUAAUUUAGGUGCUGGAGUCGUCACUUCUAGGGCUCUGGUGCGUUACGUCGUCACGGAAUGGGGUAUCGCUAGCUUGUUUGGCAAGACACUGCAGCAGCGAGCCUACGAGUUGAUAAACGUAGCCCAUCCGGACCAUCGGGAAGCUUUGGAAAAAGCGACCUUCGAACGAUUAAAAGUGAUGCCCGAGAAAAAAAACUAUUGAGUGAACUAAUCCCGUCGUUGCUACGAAAGAUAAUUAUAAGAAUUUCUGAAAGAAAUCAAUUUUACAAGACCAUAUCUUUUUCUUGUUUGCCAUAUGCAUAGUGGCAUCAGUUCACUUGACUACUUGCCACUUAUCCAUUUUACUUUCCCAUUCUCAGUGAUGACUGUCGCUAGAUAUCGUCAUUCGAGAAAACACCAGAGACUCUAUGGAAUAAAUACUGUUGUAUAGAUAACUAUGUAAUGAAAGUGACAAUUAAGUAUGAAAAUUGCGUAUAAUCGUGCUUUGCACGGUCACGUUUUAAAUUUACGAUUAUGUAUGCAGAUUGGAUAUACUUUUUGACGGGACUGCAUGUGCACGAUCUCGCGCGUAAUAAUUCUAGAUAGGCACGCAAUUGCAACUGUUUUUUCCUUUUUUUUUUUUCA